UUGAGGGAGGGUGGGAAGGGCGGCGUUCGGCGCUUCCCGCUGAGGCGCGGGUCUCGCUGAGGGGGCGGCGGCUGUUUGUGGAGUGAGGGCGGUGUCGGCGGUGAAGGGGGGGAGGCCGGUAAUCCCUCCCCUGCCACCGGGCUGCCUGCUCUGGCCUUUCGCCUCCCGCGAAGCUCGUCGGCCGUUAACGCCUCGAAGCGCUUUUGGAGGCGGGGUGCCGGGAGGGUCCCUGAGGAGAUGGAGCCGCGGGCCUGGGGCUGCCCGACGGGCAGUAGAGUUGUCUCCUCCGGGUUCCCCACUUGCCGUCCCUCCAGCGGUCAGCAAAGUGACUGCCGGGCCAUGGUGGACUCGCCUCAAAAUGCUGCCGACCACUUCAGUUAAUUCCCGGAGCCAGGGCAACGGUGCGCUGAGCCCCAGAGAUGCUGCGAGGCACACAGCUGGGGCAAAACGCUACAAGUACCUGCGGAGGCUCUUCCACUUCCGACAGAUGGACUUUGAGUUUGCUCUUUGGCAGAUGCUUUACCUGUUUACUUCACCACAGAGGGUUUAUAGGAACUUUCACUACAGAAAACAGACGAAGGACCAAUGGGCGAGAGAUGAUCCUGCUUUCUUAGUGCUUCUCAGUAUCUGGCUCUGCGUGUCUACUGUAGGAUUUGGAUUUGUGCUGGACAUGGGUUUUUUUGAAACAAUAAAGCUGCUACUUUGGGUUGUAUUCAUAGACUGCGUAGGCGUCGGUCUCCUGAUUGCUACUCUGAUGUGGUUCAUUUCUAAUAAGUACUUGGUGAAGCAGCAGAACAGAGACUAUGAUGUGGAGUGGGGAUAUGCCUUUGAUGUUCAUCUGAACGCUUUCUAUCCACUUCUAGUCAUUUUGCAUUUUAUCCAGCUGUUUUUCAUCAACUAUGUCAUCAUAUCUGAUUCUGUCAUUGGGUAUUUUGUUGGGAAUACAUUAUGGCUGAUUGCAAUCGGUUAUUAUAUCUAUGUGACAUUCCUAGGAUACAGUGCGUUGCCCUUUUUGAAGAACACAGCUAUUCUUUUGUAUCCGUUCGCACUUCUCAUCAUGCUCUAUUUGAUCUCAUUAGCAUGUGGAUGGAACUUCACCAAGAUGCUUUGUUCCUUUUAUAAAUACAGAGUGAAAUAAAACCAGGACUUCAUGUAUGUAAUGUUUAUUUUGUUUUUAUCUUAGCUGUCUUGGCAGUAAAGAAAAAGUUAAGAACACUUUGUAAAUGGUUGUAAAUUUUUCUUUAUUGUAGAUAACUGUGUAAAAAAGUUUGAAGUGUCCUUUUUUUUUAUUAAAAUAUUUACAACAGUAAACAUGUUAGCAAUUCUGUUCAAAUACUUUUGCAGUACAUUCCUAAAAACAAGUUACUUGAACAUCU